AUGUGGAGGAAGAAAGGAGAAACGGGGCUGAUGCGACUAUCCGCGGGGCCGGUGUGGAUCCUCUCUGCCUCAGACGGAUGCCAAAGGGUCCCGUGGAGAAAAGGACGCUCAAGCUUUGGAGGAGAGCGCGCCGCCACACCGACAGGAGGCUGGGCUGAACCUGAACCGGGGCGCAAACUGACACUGAAGAGCCGCGGCAUUGUCAAAUCACCGCUGCGUAAAGUUGUGCCUGAGCCCGCCCCCAUGUGCCAUGAGAGGACUGAGAAGAGGAGCGCAUCGCAGCAUCCAAGGGAAAAAAGGAGCGGAGGAGCGCGCUGUGGAUUUCGGCAGAGAUGUUCGAUUUAG